UUAUUACUUACAAACAAUUCAUUUACGGAUUUAUUAAAUGAAACGUUAAUUGAUGAAGAACCAAAUGAAAAACUCAUCCGUGUCGAAGUAUUUCAAAAAGAAUGUAAGUGUUGUAAUCAACUGUUUACGGAUGAAGCCAUAUUUAAAGCUCAUAUUAAAGAUGAACCGUAUCAGUGUGAAAUCUGUGAUAAAUACUUUACACAACAGAGUAAUUUAUGGAAACAUAUUCGAAUUCAUACCAAUGAAAAAUCAUUUAAAUGUGGCGGAUGUGAUAAAUCGUUUUCACAACGAUCGAACAUGGUAAAACAUCAAUUGGGUCAUUUAAAUGAAAGACCUUUUAGUUGUUCACAAUGCAACCGAACAUUUGUACAAGAAGCGAAUUUAAAUAAACAUUUGCUAGUACAUUCAGGUGAAAAACCUUUUGCAUGUGAAAUAUGUGAAAAACGUUUUUCACAACGUUCAAAUCUAACGAAACAUAAAUUAAUUCAUAGUAAUGAUAAAGCCUUGUUUACAUGCGAUAUUUGUAAUCAAUCGUUUACCCAAAAAAGUAAUCUAAAGAUACAUUCUGUCAUUCAUAAUAAGUCAGGACCAUAUUUUUGUAAGUUUUGUAAUAAGGCGUACAAUCAAGAAAAAGUUGCUGACAAACAUAUGUUAACUUGUAAAGUACGUCAACUCUUGGAGGAGGUAUAACUCAUCUACGGUAUAUGGAAGUAUGAAGCUGGCCAUUUUCCACCAAGCUGUCUAAAAUCAACUAAAUUAAGGAGAAAAUCCCCCCAACCCAAACUGGUCUUAGUGUGAAUUACGUAGACAGCCACUAUAAGGUAACAUAACCCAGAACAAAGUUACUUUAUUUAUUUAUCGAUAUUAUUUUAAUAAAUAUUGAAUAAAAGUUUCCUGGAAUAUUUCCACAAUCAGCUAGAAAAAAAAAAAUAGAUUUCCUAAUGAUGUUAAUGAACGUCUGAGCCGGACACUGUAUCAUGGAUAUUGCAGGAGUUGUCACAGUGAGGAGGAAGAAGAGACGAUGUCUCAUCUUCUCUUGUCACGAGAAGGUGGACUCACUUGAGCCAGCCUUUCUUUGGCGAUCUCUUAGACCUGAAGUCCAUUGACGUUAAAACACUCCUGCUGUUCCUAAACAGCUCCAAAUGUUUCAUGGAGCAGUGGCCGAAGAGGGGCCAACCCUUUCGGUAUCACAACGGACCCUAUGGUCCAAUUGUGUCCCACUUCAGGAUAGCCACUCUAACCUAACUUACCCUUAUAACGUUAAACUUCAAUCCGAGUUUAAUAACUUUGAAGUUCUAAAAAAUUAUAUUGGAAAAUUAGGAAUAUUAAUUA